AUGUCGCUGUCUGUGAAAAAAAUAACCGAACCGUUGCUGUUGGGCGAGGGUCCGCACUGGGACGAUCGCCAGCAGGCGUUGUUCUUUGUCAAUAUAAUUGAAAAUGGCAUCCACAAGUACGUGCCGUCCACUGGUGUUCACACUCAAACUAAAGUUGAUGGCUCUGUAGGCUUCAUAGUGCCAGUUGAGGGUACAACCGACCAGUUCCUUAUCGGCUUGGGCAGAAGAUUCGUGAUAAUACGAUGGGACGGAGGAGAUGGUACUCCAGUGAAGAUAGUCCAGGAGCUGGGAGCUGUAGACCAGGACAUAGAGCCUAGUCCAAGGUUAAAUGAUGGAAAAGCUGAUCCGAGGGGUAGGGUUUUUGCAGGUACAAUGGGUUUUGAGGAGCCUUUAGGCAACGUUCUCCCAGACCAGGGCUCACUGUACCGAGUGGACAAAACCGGGAUACACAAGCUGUGUUCUAAGAUCGGCAUAUCUAACGGUCUUGCCUGGGACCUCAAGAAGAAGGCGUUCUACUACACGGACAGUAUGGAGCGGAAGAUUAGAAGAUACGAUUAUGAUGUGGAGACUGGCGAAAUAUCAAAUUUAAUAUACAUAUUCGAUUUCGAAAAGAGCAACGUCACUGGCUUCCCGGAUGGUAUGACGAUCGACAGCGAUGGCAACUUGUGGGUGGCGGUGUUCAACGGGUCAUCAGUUAUUAAAAUUGACCCGGAAACUGGGAAAGUACUUCAAACAGUACCAAUACCUGCCCUCCAGGUGACCUCUGUGGUGUUUGGAGGUCCCAAGUUUGAUAUUUUGUUUGUGACUUCUGCGAGUAUGAAUAUAGAGGGCGUCCAGGAGCCCCCCUGUGGAUGCACGUUCAUGGUCACCGGCCUUGGAGUUACUGGAUUGCCGAGUUACAACUUUAAAUAUUGAUAUUUGUACAAACUUCUACGAGUACGUCUGUUUGAGUAUAUUUGAUGUAUUUAAUAUUUAUUUUUAUAUUAUAAUAAAAUUGAUAUUAUGUACGAA